CUGUUUUUCUUCUCGUCCCACAUCAACCUGUCAGGCCAAAGGGAGAAAAACCGAGCGCAAACACACAAGACCUGCGCAUGUGUCAGAAACUGAGGAUCUUAUGUCAUAUCUCCACAUCCUAACAUUUCAGAUCAGCACACAUCUGUGAAUUCAGCCAUGAGUCUUUCUGGAAACAUUUGCACCUUGAGCUUCUGUGUCCUGCUGUUGUGUUGCUCUGGUUUGUUCAGUCCAGUUCCAUCUGAAGAUCAACACUCAAUUCCAGGAGCGUUCAAAGCUGCUGUGGAGUCUUCUCUUCUCAAGCAGGAUGAUAAUGUGGAUAUGGAGGACAUUCUGGGGCAGUUCCUCCACUUGUUAAACUUCUCAGAUCAGGGGCCCCUGCAGAGGCCCCGAAACAGCCGCAUUGAGCCACCGGAGUACAUGCUGGAACUUUACAACCUCUUUGCCAAUGACCGAACCGUCAUGCCCUCAGCAAAUAUUGUGCGCAGUUUCAAGAAUGAAGAUCACUCUGCACACAGUGUGAUGAGCAAGAGCUUGCGAACGCACCCUCUUCUAUUCAACAUCUCUGUUCCGCAACAUGAGCGUGUCAUUAAAGCUGAACUGCGCCUGUACACACUUCUCAAGAGAGACGCACGGCACCAUAUCAGAGCGGAAUGGAAGGUCACCAUUUUUGAAAUGCAGAGGGGUGGGCACUGCGGGAAUGCUGCAGAUGCCAAUGACAGCGCAGGUGAGAAAGAUCAGCGUGGAAUGCUGGAGUUGGCAUCAAAUCGCAUUCGUCGUAAGGACAGUGGCUGGGAGGUAUUCGAUCUGACAAAAGCUGUCCAGCACUGGAAAAGGUCAAGCAGUUUGACCCCAAGGCUGGUGGUUCAUAUUGAAAAUCUGAAUUGUGACAAUGCUGCAAUAACAUGUAGGAAUACGAAUGAGUGGAAUGGUCGGCAGUUUGUAGAUCUGGACAUUGACAGGAAUCCGAAUGGAAAACAUGAGCCAGCGCUCAUCGUCUUCUCAGAUGAUCAUCAGGAAGGCCAGAGAAAACUCAAGCAGAUGGUCAAAGAGGAGAAUGAACUGCCCGGCAUCGAUGGACACUGGACGGAUGAGGAUGAAGAGCAGGACGAAGCGCUGUUAAUGCAGAUGCGCUCAAACAUCAUCUACGACAAUGCUCCAAGAGUCCGUCGCAGUGCUAAAGUGGAGGACUGCAAGAGGGCCGAGCUGUAUGUAGAUUUCAAAGAUAUAGGCUGGGACUCGUGGGUUGUCGCCCCGGCCAGUUAUCAAGCGUACACCUGCCGCGGUUCGUGUAACUAUCCACUGGCUCCAGAAGUAACGCCAACCAAGCACGCCAUCAUCCAAACGCUUCUCAAUCUGAAGAGUCCCCAGAAAGCCUCACAAGCAUGCUGUGUGCCCACCAAGUUACAGCCCAUCUCUCUCCUCUAUGAGAAUAAAAACGGCGUUGUGGUUUUAAAACAUAAGUAUGAGGGAAUGGUGGUUGCGGAAUGUGGAUGCAGAUAAAACCAGCCAGGACUCAACAAAAGACUCUUUCCUGAAUAAAACAAGAUGAAGUACGGAUGUGACCUUAGGAUAAGCAAAAAUCAUCUUGCAUCUUCGUGAACUGAACAUCUAGACAUGGCAUGACAUCACAGAGCAAGAACAAGGGCAUGCAACAGCAUUUUAUUUAGGCCUGUAUACUGUAUAUUUAGCCUUUGUAAAUUAGUACAUUUUCAAAUGUAUCCUCUACUGUAAUAUACAGUGUUUUGGGGUGUUUAAUCAUUUGUCACAUAUAAUUGAGAAUUACAAGCUAAAACUGCUCACAUAACUUGCUGAAAUAAUGCUUGAUUUGAGUGUGGCAUGAGUCUUGUUUCACACUGUUCACACUUUACCCUGGGUUAGGAAUUAAUUCUGGGUAUAUAGGUUUCAAGCUUUCACACUGUACAUUUGUAAACCAUGGGUUAACUUUUUUAUUUGCAUAUUUAUAAGGUCGAUAACAAUGAUUGGAUGUAGGACUGAUAAUUACAAUAACGGCUGCUGCAAUUAACUGAACGUGAAAAGUGUCAAUUACAGAAUUCCUUUUAGGUAUACUCCAAUCAUGUCAAAACUUUCUAUUUACAAUGUGUUCUUCUGCAACACUGUAACAAAUCAGAGACGUUCGUUGUGCGCAAUGAUGACUUUGAUGGCCCAGACACAGUCUGGCUUUUAGACAUUUUCUGUGCUGGUUUUGCAUAACCUAACCGCUCUUGAAUGGAUUUAAAAAUGUAAAAAUGUGUUAAACUGAUUUGAGAGUACAUUCUGAAGCUCCGUUCACACCAACAGCGACAUUAUCGAUUGAAUUCGCCAAAGUCGCUUGUGGCCAUUCCUACUGCUGUCGCUCUAACGUUAUUAGUGGACGUAACGUUAUUCUAAUUUGACAUGGAAUUCGUUUUAUUGUCACUGGACACGCCCUCAUGUAGUCGCUAACGGUCGCUGUCACUUAUGCCACCGGAAGUCGCCAACUCUCAUUCAAAUUGAAUACAAUUAUGGGCCCUAUUUUAAGAGCGCUAAGUGCAGCGCUAUGCCGUAAGUCAUAAGUGCAAAGUCAAUUGGCAUGGCCAUGAAGUUAAGUCUAGGUGCAAAUGGGUUUGGCGAAAUUUUACGUGCACAGUGCACUAAUGGGUUGGGUCAAGUGUAAUUUAAUUCGGAGGUUCUUCUCCGGCACCGUCACUGUGUCUUAUUAUACAGUCCAUUUCCUGUCAAGCACCAGCGAUAUAAACAAAGACAGCACAUUAAUAAGAAGUUGGUCGUGUAAAUGGACUGUAUGCAGUGAACUUGAAGAAUAGAAAAAUUGACUUUUUGUGCAUUAACUGCAUCCUUGUUGAACGUCAGGCAUAUUCUAUGACAGUGACGCUCCUUUUCAAUGCAUGAAAAAUGUGGUUCGUGUCAGGAUAUGGAUUUACGCUCCAUUAAAUCAUAGAGAAUGUAAGUAUUAUUAAUUAUUUACAUCUGCGGACACACAAAUCAUGGCUAGCAUUAACAGUGAUUGUAUCAGACACACUUCAUCUCUACCGGUUAAUUAUGAAAAAUGAAUUCAUUUAUUAAAACAAAACAAAAUUUAACCAAAAAUAUUUCUAAAUACAAAUGACACUUUAAACGAAACGAAAAUAUAAUCAAAAUAAUGAAGUGGUCAAAAAAAUCAAAACAAAUCCAAACAUUUUACCCUCUCCAACUUUCAUCAGCCUCUUUUGCACUGACUUAAAAAUCACUCUAUGACAACAGGUGGAAAAAUACCAAUACAAAUACAUUUGUAAAUAUAAACAUAACUGAAAAAUAAACCAUGACCUAAAGAUAGUUUAACACUCUCACCAAUGCCCACUUGCGCUGGCAUGAGAAUUGCGUGUAGCCCUUUGUCGCUACAAGUCGUUGCAUGUGUGAACGGAGCUUUAAUGGCUUAUGAAGGUAUUAUCAGAUUAGCUUAAAUAUGAAAUAAACAGUUUUAGUGCAUAUGUUUCACACGAACACAGUUCUCAGCUUGUUUUGGAUGUUUAGCCAACAUAAAGAAUAUGACAAGCAGUUGCCCUAAACAAAACACAUUUUUUUAAUGUAAAUUAUAUUAAUCAAAUUUAAUCGUGAUAACAAUAUCAAGGAAAAUAAUCGGCAACAGUGAUUUAUUUUAUAAUCUUGCAGCUUAAGGCCAAAACAUACUCUACACAAGUACAUGAAAACGGUUGUGAGCGUUUGGCCACCGCAUUACCAACUCGCGAUCCGGUUAACGUGAUUAACGUGUGUUUUUGCGUUACCAUGGUGGGAACAAACAUCAGUACUCUAGGAGGCGAUAGAGGUUAAACUAAAUGUGUUAUUAUUCUGGUAAAUUGUUAUAAAUAUAUUAUAACUUACUACAGCAAAAUAAUCUCACAUACUGCCCCUUGUGGCAAUGUUGAGAAUGCAACGCGUACUUGUGUUGUGUUAUGAAUUGCGGUCUGACACAUUUAGGAAUACAACUAUGCAUGAAAUCGAGUUUGUGUAGCUAGAAGCGUCUGCGUUACGUACUUGCGUACGCCAUGCAGCCUGUGUUACUGCUAAUCAAUGGAACUCUUUGGGUGAGUUCAGAAUGGCAUACUACAAUUACUACUCUUAAUACUUCUGCCAUAUACGUAUGUCUAUGGUAGAGUAGUAUGGUAGUAUGCCAUUCUGAACCCGUCCUUUAUCUGUGGUAAUGUCUUAGAGCAAAUCUGCUCUGCAUGUCUUUCGUCUUCUGAAAUAUACAACAAAAACACAUCGCAUCAUGUUUGCCAUCACUGUUCGACUUUUUACCAGUUUCGCUCAGACGGAGAAUGUAAACCGUGCGUGAACUUUUCUGUGACUGUACAGAAUGUAUGAAUAUGGGGUUUAAUCCGCAAAAGUUUUAUAACCCAGGGUUAAAAGCGGUGCUAACCCUCUUUCAAAAUUACAAGUGAGAAACGUUGCUUUACCUGGGGUAAAAUCGGGUUAGGUUGAGAUUAGGUUGAGGGUUAAGUGCCGUAUGAAAGGCCCUUUAGCUGGUGAAGCUGGUGGUCAAGCAACAUCUUUUUUUGGUGAUGUUGGCCUGGGUGACCAAGAAAGUUUAGCUGGUUAAACUAUUCAAGAAAUCUCAUUGGAACUCCAGCACAGCAGGCGCAUUCAAAACACAACAUAUGCUGUUUUUUUGUAGACUUUUAUUCAUUUAACAGACACUUUUAUUCAUAGUGACUUACAAAUGAGGAAUACAGCAAAAGUGAUUCAUCCUAAGGAGGCAAUAAAAUGAGAAGAAGAACAAGAGGAAGGCGAGAGAUUGGGGAAAGAAUUGGGUUUUUAAGAAGAAGAAGAAGAAGAAAGAAAACUGUGCAAUAGUAGGAUGUAGGGAAGUUUCAGUAGGGAAACUAUUCAGUCAACAGCAUACUGUGAAAUAACGCUGAAUUGACCCAAAAUGUUCGUCCGUCCCGAAGGUUCCUCUGGCCGGUAAUUAUCGACCCGCACUCUGUUGCCCCUGAUGUUGCUCACAUGCCUUGCGAGCCACUGCCACGCUCUCUACCACACAGCUAUGAUAACGAGGUGUCAAAAACGGAGAAGUGUAUGACCCCUCACUCCGGAUGAGACCUCAUUCCAAGUGGUGUGUAGUUGGAAUGGAGAGCCGUCAAAUUCCUGAGCACCCACAGCAACAGUCUCCAACGAUGCUCACACUUCCUUUUUCCCCACAAAAGUCUCUGCCAGAUUGCCCCUCGCUCUCUACAAUGGGACCCCUACACCUUAAAACAUGUCUACUGCUAAGAUGACUAGAGGCGAGUUCACAAUGACCCAACAAAUGACAACAGAGUUAACACACUGAUCCAACAGUGUUGGGGAAGCUAUGUUGAAAUGGCAUAUUCCCAAGCUACAGUUCAUUUAUAUGAACCAUCCGAAAGAACCGACUCACUAAAAUGAAUCAGAGUUCCCUACGUUAAAUAAAGGGAAUUUACAUGAACUGUGCAGAAGAACGGAUUUCACUUACAUGGUUUGGUUUUUCCAUGGUUUUUGGUUCUCCCUCAGCUCUAUUGCUGUGUUUGCAAUAUUACGUGAAAAUAGUGUUUUGUGACACCUCAGUGCUACUCGUUGAGAAAUGUAGCUCGUUACUAGAAAAGCGACACUAUUGUUAAAAUAGCAGAGCUACUGUCACGCUGCCGAAACACUACUCGCCAACACUGAAUCCGAGACACCCCUAGUGUUGGAAUUUGGUGUUUGUUGGCAUUUGUUGGGGCAGUGUGAACGAACCUUAGAAUAAUCUGCCAUGAAACUUUUAUUUUUAUUUAUAAAAGACUCAUUAUGAGUUUGUGUGUGUUUGAUUUGAAUUAAGUUGUAUAUACUCAAGCAAACUUUCAUGCAUCUCAAGUAAAAUCAAGGUCUCUAUGAAAGUAUCUGUUUAGAGUAAUCGUCUUAUCUGAAGCACCAAGUGUUUAAAUGUGUAAAGACCUUUAGGAGUGGAGAUAAGGAGUCAAAUUGGGAGACAGAACUGAUACACAUGCAACAACUGAAAAUAAUUCCACACUACAAAUUGGAAAAACAGUUUAUACAAUUAAAGGAAUAUUCCCAGGGUUCAGUGCAAGUUAAGUGCCAUCAACAGCAUUUGUGGCAUAAUGUUGAUUACCAUGAAACAUUAUUUCAACUUGUCCUCAAGAUGUUAAUAGUAUGCAUGGUAACCUGAUUUUAGUGCAAUAGAAUAGUUUAAUAAGCUUUUCUGUGUAAAGUUAUUUCCAAUUUUACUACUUAAUUGCCAUGUUAACAUUUUGUCAUAAAAACCCUAAAACUUAACUUGAGCUUAAAACUCUACAGCUCAAAUGAUACACAAGUUUUAAUAGAAGAAUUUAUGUACGUGCUUUUAUAAAAUUAUAUAGAACUAACAAUUUAGUUUAAGUUAACUAGAUGCAAGUAGACUUAACUCAGAUGUGCUAUUUAAAUAUCGUUGUUUCUACUGUUGUUAAUCAUUUUAAUUGAUUCAAUUUAAGAUCAAACAAUGGCACUGCUCAAAUAAAGAUCAUAACUGAUUCUAGGUCAGUCAUUAAAUAAACUUAAUUCUCCAAAUAAAUGCAUAUAAACCUGCACUUUAACUGCACGUAAAGAGAAUUAGUCAACAGGGUCCAACUUGACCAAAUGGGACACUGAUCACCCUAAUGGCGGCAUCACACGAAACAACCAUUUGCAACAAAACAACAUAAAUAAUACUAAAAAAGAGCUAAAACCUCUAUAAAGUUUUCAUAACAUCUAAAUGCCCCAAUGAAUUCCCUUUGACCAAGGAAGCAUAAUUAAAUUAUUCAAGUGCAAAGCAUUAUGGGCUUGUAUUUAAGCAUUUAUUAACACUUAAAAUCUUAAGUCUAUGGAUUUUUAAGAUAAAUAAGAUCAAUGACAUUUUAAGUAAUAAUUAAAGGAUUAGUUCACCCAAAAAUGUAAAUUCAGUCAUUGUUUACUCACCCCUGUGUUGUUAUAACACUAUAUGACUUUCUAUCUUUUUCUGAACACAAAGGGAGAAAUUGUGAAUAAAUGUUGUGCUCAGUGAUGUCAUACAAUGGCAGUUUAUGGUGACCACCUCUUCAAGCUUCAAAAGAACACAAAAGUAUAAUUCAGAAGUCUAAUAAAUUAUUCCAUGAGACUCAUGAUUGUUAUGAAAGUAUACGAUAAGAUUUGGUGAGAAACAAACUGAAAUCUAAUGUGUUAUUUAGUGAAAAUGUUCACUGACCGUUGAUCUCCUGAAUGAAUAUUUGGU